GUUAAUUCAUUUAUAAAGAAACAAUGCUACUUGGAUAUAUUUGUAAAAUACUUCUCAUUCGAACUACCGUCAUUUUAGUGGGCUCUAAGAGAAGAGACUUACUGUGCGAAAGUUUAUAGACCCGCCAUUGCUACCGAGUAAUCUGACAGUAAUCCGAUGAAAUCAUUUCUAUCACUAAAAUUUUUGUGAGUCUGGUGUGCCUUCUCGAUAGUAACACGUCUAGUCAGUGAUUCGUGACCAAGAAUUGUGAUCAAGAACCCGUUCAAGUAGAAGCAGGCAUCAACUAGUUCGACCUUAAAAGUCAUCUAGCAUUGAUCGUUUAUAUUCACGUUUUGGAGAAUAAAAUCUCUGAUAAUUCUCGAACUCAUACUUUCAGCUAAAAAAACAUGUCGGAUACAAGACGACGUCGAAAAUCUAAUCAGUCUUGCGGUUCCGAUGACCUCUCGGAUUCUGGCGAAGAAUUAAAUGCAACGAAAGAAACCCAGAGCAGUGAACAAACUGAUGGUCAUCAGGAUUCAGAAUGUGAUGUUUAUCCAUCUGAUUCUGAUGUUGAAUCUCAAGAUGGUGCAUUACGAGAAAGUGGAGAUGGACAAGAAGAAGAGAAACCUCAAAAGAAAUUGGAUGAUGAUGAGGACAGACGUAAUCCGCAAUAUAUUCCUAAAAGAGGAACAUUUUAUGAACAUGAUGACAGGACUACCGAUGAAGUGACGGAUAAUACUGUAGAGCCACAGAAUGAAAGAGAAACCAAAGAAAAGAAAGUGUGGAAAGAUAAAGAAGAUAGAUGGGACCAUGAUCGAUACAAUGAUGAGGAACAAGCACCAAAGAGCCAUGAAGAAUUAAUAGCAGUUUAUGGUUAUGAUAUAAGAAACGAAGAAGGUCCACCUAGAGCUAGAAGAAGAAGAAGAUAUGGUCGUGGUCCAAAUAAGUAUACACGUAAUUGGGAAGAUGAAGAUGCAUAUGGAAAAGCUGGAACUAAUGUUUCUAAUAAAAAUAAAAAGUUUAAUAGAAGUGGUGAAGAUUUCCCUGCUCUAGGAACUAAUAAAAAUGCUUCUGCACCACCUGUGGAUGAACCAGUAAUCUCAUCAGCUUGGUACAGUAGUAAAAAUAAAUCACAAAAUAAAGUACAAAACUUUCCACCCCUGCAAGCUCAGAGUGAUAGUCCAAAAACAAAAUCUAGCGGUACAUCUAAUACUCUCACAAACGAGAAUAAAGCUCCUAAUGAACCUACAAAUCCUGCUUGGAAAAAGGACGCCAAAAAUUCAUCCUAUACUCAAAGUAGUAAUGGAAACAGUGGGGCUGGUGGUGAUGCAGAUAAAUUAGUUAACACUAAAGUAUCUCCCAGAGAUAACAACAAGAGGAAUGUUCAAGAGUCUGUAAGCUUGGCAGCCAGUAGAACUCGCGGGCGAGGAUUCAGAACAAAUGCUAAUAACAAUAUGGUCGCUAAUAGAACAGUUGAGACAAAGCCGAAAGGACGUGGAGCAGGUCCAAUCUCUGCCGAGAAUAAGAGAAAUAGUACUAUUCAAAAUGAUGACGAACAGCAAAUUACUCAUGACAUGAAACAUGUGAAUCUUCACGAUGGUACGCAAUACCAUCAAGGUGGAAGACACAACAAAAAUUUCUAUGGACAGUCUUCCAAUCAGCAAAGAUCAGGCACGGUACCUCCAAGAAUGCAACAGCAGUCUCAUUCACAGCAACAACCGCAACAACAACAGCAGUCGCAGCAACAGGCAACUCAACAACAAGAUAGUUCUGCUAAUAGACCAAAGCGAUAUUCUAGUUUGCGACAACGUCCUACGGCUUCCGAAACUCCAGGACAACAAAAUUAUACACCACCGCAUGGGCAACAUGGACAGCAUAAUCAACAUAAUCAGCAUAAUCAACAUAGUCAGCAUAAUCAACAUAAUCAACAUAACCAACACGGUCAACAUAAUCAACAUGGAUAUUUCCCUCCUCAAGCUGGAAAUUCAAGAGGUGUUUUAGAAUCACAAGGAUAUCCACAAGGUCAUUUUGAACAAUCUACGCCCGUUGCUGCCGCUGCUGCACCCAUGGCUGGUCAGCCUGUUAUUCCUCUGCCGCCUAAUGGUCAACCUGCUAGCUAUGCUCCACCGCCGUUUUUAGUACCGCCACCACAGUUUAUUCCUCCGCAGACUGCUCCGCCUAGUAUAAUUAAUUAUGUUCCGGGUCCGAAUGGACCAGCAUUUCAACCAAAUUUUCAAGGUUACCAAGGAUAUAGUCCACCAGUACAGCCAUCGCGUCCACCGCCACCGCAAGAACUGUUCCAACCACAAGGUUGCACUUACUAUAGUCCUGCACAGCAGCAACAGCAACAACAACAGUCGGCACCGAUGAGACGACCAAAGGCAGCUAUUCCAAUUCUUCCACCACCAGAAAAUCAGCAACAUCAAACUAGUAGAGGAAGAGGUAGAAGUACGCAACCACAACAAAAUAAUCAAGUGGGAAAUAUACAGCAGACUGAACUGGAAAUCAAAACUGACUUGGAAGAAAGUGAUCAGAAAAUCGUGUCUGAACAAUUUGAUAACAUCCAAACCGAGCAAAUUAUAGAAGUUGAAGAAGCACCGAAAAAUGAUGAUUUAAGUGUAAUAACGGAUACUAUGGUUGAAAAUAAAGAAAAGGAUGUUCCGGAUGUUGAUAUCGAUAUACCACUGGGCUCCGAAGGUGUUACAACUGAUCAAGUAGACGGAAUAAGUGAUCACGAUUCAUUAAAAGUUACUAUAGAUGAUCAGAAUAUUAUUCCACUUAAAUCUCCGGAAGCAGUCGUGGAAGAGACUGAAAAUGAUUCAAAUAUAAUUGAAACCACUACGUCUGAAAGUAAGGUUGUUGAAGAGGCAGCAGCUUGAAAGAACAUCACAGAGUCUUUUAACAUUUUUCGUGACAGACGUAAUUGUGAAUGUUCGUGAGUAUGAAUAUGCAUAUAUAUUAUAAAAAUACUGUGUAACUUUUAUUGGAGUUAUUACGCAGUUUGUAUAGCGAAUUGGUUUUCACAGAUCACUUGUGAAAUACCGUAGGAAUUGGAUGUGUGCGUACCUAAUACAUAUUUUGAACGACUUUAUCUAAUUCCAGCAUAUUGUUGUACAUUUCGUAGUUCACAUUUGUAUUAAUGUUUCGCUACGAAUCCAUUGAUCUGCUGCUAUCAUUAAACUACACCCUUCUAUAUUGUUAAAUUACUUUCAUAUAUGAAAUCUACUAAUUCAUUAUUAGUAGGCAGGAAUAGUGUUAAAUGUAUUCUCGUGUAUCGAGUAUUAACACAUGCAGCAAUGACUGGUAAAAUGGUUAAUAAAUCGAUAUCUUUUUAAUACAAUGGCUAUUGUAAAUAGAAUAUAGUCAAGUCAGUAACCUCAGCAUGUAUUAUGUCUUUAACUCAUUAACCAUUUGGCGCGCAUUUUUCUUUUAUUGUGAUUCCAGGAGACGUAUUUUUCCUUUUACUCAAAUUUGAAAAUCAUCGUAAAUUUUAUAUGUGUCAUGCACUUUAAAGUUUAAACGAAUAUUUAAAAAAUAUAUAUAAGUCGAUAUAUAGUUACUUAAAUAGUUUAGUUUUUUUAAAGUUUUUAACAAUUUUUUUUUCUGUACACGCUGUAUGGUUAUAUUGUUCAAACAAAUACAUAUUCUGCAAAAGAAAUUAUUGUUGUUUAUCUUUUCUUAAAAAAAUGAAGCAGACGGACAUUAACGUCAUUUGCGCCAAAGGGUUAAAUAAACGGCGAGUGAAUGAAGUAUGUUUAUUAAGUAAAAAAAAAA